AGUGUAUUUAGUGAUUUCUCCUUCCUGUUGCCUAUCAACAGGAAUAAUACAGCAUUUCAGGGGGUGGAGUAAGUGAUGUCAGUCAUCAUUUGUUGCUAGGAUGCAUGUCUGCCAUUAUCUGGUCUAUCUAGCUGAGCGACUGUAUCCAUCUAGCUGAGUGACUGUAUUCAGAGUACUGAUUUCUCUUCCAGAUUUCCCUGGAUCUCGAAUGUCGAUGAAACUCUGCCACAGUGGAAUAUGAAAUACUCUUAAUUAUUGGUUCAAGAAAUGAUGCAUCAAGAUGAAGACCAGUACCGCCACCUUCUUGUUCCCCUGUGUACUACUCCUCAGCCUCGUCCUGCACAUUCGCGGAGCAUCAGUCGCUAGAAGCGACCGUGCUCUUGGUAACUCCAGUGACCGUGGCAAUGCUAGUGACCACGGUAACGAUACUGACCACGGAGAUGACCAUGGGCACAAAGGGAUUCACGUGGCAGCAUGGAAUUUCGAUUACGUGGAGUUGCCGCUGCUUGUGUGUUUGUUUAUAUUGGUAGUGGCAUUGAGUAAAAUACUUUAUCAUCAUGCCAACUUCUUGUCUUCAUACAUACCAGAAUCAUGUAUCCUCAUAAUCCUUGGUACUGUUGUUGGCCUUGUCUUUCAUUUCACCGGUGCAGCUGAGAUCAAUUCAUACUUCACUCCAAAGAUGUUUUUCCUCUUCCUUCUACCUCCUAUCAUCCUUGAGUCCGCCUACAGUCUGCACGACCGGACAUUUUUCGACAACAUUGGAGUUGUGUUGGUAUUUGCAGUCGCGGGUACAAUUCUCAACUUCAUCAUACUCGGACCCGCCCUCUAUGGCCUGGCAGCAUGUGGUGCCAUGGGCGAAAUCGAAAUCGAUCUCGUCAGUUGUUUCCUAUUCGCUUCGUUGAUUGUGGCGGUGGACCCCGUAGCCGUUCUCGCCAUUUUCCAAGAAGUUGGUGUGAAUAACGUCCUCUAUUUCUUGGUGUUUGGUGAAUCUCUAUUGAAUGAUGCUGUCACUGUGGUCCUUUACAACAUGAUGAAGACGUUUGCCCAGAUGGACACGAUACCCGCACAUCAGAUCAUUCUCGGAAUUGUCUCGUUCUUCACGAUCAGUCUGGGUGGACUGACAAUCGGCAUAAUCCUGGGCAUAUUAGCGUCAAUCGUGUUGAAAUAUUGCUCACAUGUUAGAGUUGUUGAACCUCUGUUUAUGUUUGUGUUUGCCUACAUGAGCUACCUUUGUGCCGAACUAUUCCACUUCUCUGGUAUCAUAAGUUGUAUUGGAUGUGGUCUCAUGCAAACCCAGUAUGCUUUCCAUAACAUCUCACACAAGAGUUAUACUACUGUCAAAUAUUUUACUAAAAUGUUGAGCGCGGCAAGCGAAGCUGUGAUAUUCCUGUUCCUCGGCCAGGCCCUCGUGACGGACCAACACAAAUGGCACACUGGAUUCACGCUCUGGUCAGUCGUUUUGUGUCUUGUUCUCCGAUUUUUAAUUGUGUUUGCGUUGUGUUUUAUCGCCAAUAGAGGGAGGAAAGUGCGCAAGAUCGACUGGCAUGAACAGUUCAUCAUGGCGUAUGGUGGUCUAAGAGGUGCGGUGUCCUUCUCUCUCUGCGUGAUGUUGAGUUCCGAUAAAAGCUUCCAUCGUGAUAUGUUUAUAACCACCACACUGGUAGUUGUCCUAUUUACAGUCUUUAUUCAGGGUACGACUAUCAAGCCCCUGGUGAAGUUGAUGAAGAUAGGCCUGAAGAAGGAACAGUAUGAGAGUUUGGUUGGGGAGAUUCACGGUCAUGUCCAGGACCACAUGAUGGCUGGAGUGGAGGAGGUCGUUGGGAGAUGGGGCAAUAAUUAUGUCAGGCAACGGUUUGAGUUAAUAGAUGAGAGAUAUCUGAGGAGAUGGUUCUUGAAGGGGUCAUGUCGUAAUAAAUAUUCUGAUAUCAUGACGAUAUUUGACAAAAUGGCUUUGGAGCAACACUACGCAGGUCUCCCUGGGUCGAAGGCAGCAUCCAAAUACCAAGAAAAGAAGUUACAGAGGCAGGCUACCCUGUUAGGAGGGGGAAGUCGCAUCAAUAUAAUAGUUGACGAGGACGGUGAGGACAGCGAUGGGGAACAAGAGAAAGAUGAGUUAUCUUGGAAGAGUAUCUCAUCCAUCCCAGAAUCGUUCACGAUGAAAGGAAGAUUUGACGAGACACUGCCAGGCAUUCUCACUCAUCCAGAAAUGUUGGACAACAGUCGAACAAGAAGAUUGUUGAAAAAUGAAACAAGCCAGGCGAGACCCGCGUCAUCAGCAUUAUCUGUAGACAUCCUUGGUCUACCCGGUGCAGAGAAGGCCAGGAAGCAAAAGACAAGGAAGCUUAUCCCAAAAAAGAAUGUGGAUGAGAAAACUGCUGAGCGGAGGGAGUUAAAUAAGAUGUUAUCAUUUAGGCCUGCUACAGCCCUUCACCAAACGUAUGAUAAGAAUCUGGUUAACGACGAUGACCAAGACUUGAUGCAGCAACUCCAUCACAAGACCCUGCUUACGCAGCGAAUGAUGCGGUCCCGUACCUUGUCGCCAGCCUCCAGUGAACAGUCGCUAGCAGUAUCGCCAUCGCCAAAGCACCCGCCAGUGACGCCUUUUCUUAGUGCAAUAGUGGAGUCAGGAGGUGAAGACGAGAUAGACCAGACACAAGCGACAACGUUGGAAGCGACGCCCAAUGUUAACGGUUCAUCCCAGCCUCAGCCGUCGCCGCGACGUGACAGACCAACGCUGCAACGAGGUCGUACGAUAGAUCUGGGAAUAUCUGGUGAAUCGAACGUCGACGCGGAUACGCCAUUGAUGAAGGAUGAUGAAACUAUUAUGUGAUUGUGAUGUGAUGAUGCGGAUGUUAGCGUUAAAUAGGGAAUGUUGAGAGAAUUUGUGACAGGCUGUGGCUAAAGGAUCCGUGGGACGCAUUUGGGAAGAAGAGAGAAAAGGGGAAAAAAAGAUUUUUGAAAAAGUUUUUUACUAGUAUUUUAUUACUUUCCCUAGUAACUUCAGCUAUGUCUAAAAGUAUUCAGAGACAACUAAAGCGUUGUAAUAUAGCAAAUUAAACUUCUCAUUUAAGUGCUUCUUCUACUUUGUGACAUAUCUGUGACUCGCU